GGCGCUGGCUGUUGUGGGCCGCCUGUGUCAUGCGCCCGCCGAGCUGAAUGAUGAUGCAAAGCUGGUGAGGAAAGGGAAGGCAACUACGACUGGCGUCUCCCUUGUCAUGCAGGGUGCCGUGAGGAAGAGGGAUACUGGUUCGGCCGUGCGAGGAAAGGGUAAGUACCGCACAUGGACAGCAGAGGCGUUAGGGAACCCCAUCGACAUGAAGGGUUUCAAGAAGAAAGUUGCGAAGUCCGACGGCAAGCGAAAGAAUAUGUUCGCGGGGCCGUUGCCCAACUCUUUCUGCAGUCAAUUUCAGUUGCCGUUCGUGGAUUUCAGCAAGUUCUACACAACAGGAUUUCUUUCAAGCGGCAGCAAUCUGCUGAAUCUAUUGCGACACAUUCAAGCCUGGGUGAUGGCCCCUGGAACAGUGCAGGUGUCGUUCGACAGGCCCGACGAAUCAGUUCUGCGACGUAAUCGUGCCUUUGUGCAUUUGGUUCUCGGUUGCCGUGGUCCAAUGGAUUCUUCAGACCCUGAUUUCGACAGCUACAGCCGCAAGUUGCAGUUGGGCGAAGAGCUUCUGAAGCUAGACACUGGCAAUUGGAGUUUGAGUGGUCACUUGGUUCAUCACUGCGGUGGCAUUGGUUGCUGCAGAGGAGGUUUGGACGAGACGCGGCGCAAGUUGUGGGUGGCGAUCCUUGCUUUCGUGUUUGGAUUGAAGCCCACAACACCUGCCAUUGCUCGCUGGACCAGCUGCGGCAAGGCCGCUCGGUACUACCUGUGUGCAUUGGGAUACCACCAAAUUCUGCGCGAAGGGUUUCGCCGACUACAUGGAAAACAGUCGUCGCUUGGUGUCUCUGGCGAUGAAGAUGUGACCGGUGCAGAAAUGAUUGAAGCCCAGUCGGGAGAUUCUACUGAUCUAUAUCGGAAAGUUCUCAGAGUCAAAGCGAAGAAGACAAUGGUUUGGUUGGAGAACGAAGACUCUGUGUACCGUCUUUUCAUGUCGGUCAUCAGUGUGUCCCCAAUGGAGCGAAUCAUGUACCAGUUCAUGAAGUGGCAGGAAAAUGAGGCUUAUCUUUUAGAAUGUGAUCCACCAAUGGUUGUGAUGGCAAGCUCUUCCCGCUCACCUGCAUGUAUUGCAAUGCGAGAAAUCAUUGCCGUCAUGUUGACUGGUCUUAUUUUUCCAGAAGGAGCUCUACAGGUUUCUGUUGACGACCUGUGCAAUGGUCUGCCAGGGCGUAUCGCUGAGAACUUCUUGGACCAUAUGUUCUGGUGCUUUGUGCAAGGGGUGGGUCAGCUUUUUCAUAGGCUGUGGCUUCCUUACAAUCAAUAUCCAUGGAAGAUGGCUGGGCUUCUUGAUUCUGAAACUUCACUUCCUGAGAAACAUCAACUCGCUUCGGAAUUUUUGCAGCUUCUACCAUGUUGCCUCAAUGACUGGUGGGGGAAGCAGCUGAGAGCACAUGCUUUGAAUGUUCAUGACCUACUUCCUGGAGGGUCAUGCGUUGGUUUGCUGAAGGCUUGCUUCAAUGGCAAGAUUUUCAACAUCGAAGUUGAGACAAACUUUGCCCGGAUGCAGUCAAUGAAACGGGUGGGGAGAGGCAGAGUUGACCUUGCUUCCAGCCUUUGCGCCAAACACGUUCUCGCCGAAGCAAAGCUCAGCCAUGUCAGAGAUCAUAUGCGAACUCAUGCUUGCAGCGAGCAACUUCAAUCAGAUGAAGCAGGUUUGGUGACUCCUGCACGGCGAGGAUGCUACAAUGGGUUCUCAUUGUUUUGGUCGAGUGAAAUGGAGAAUCGGGUUCCUUUGCUUGGGGAAAGCGCUGAAGAGUGUCGCAAACGUAUCAUGCAUCAUUGCCAGUACAGAUGGGGCGAGCAAUCGCAAGAAGGGGCCCGGCUGAGAGCUUUGUUUUCAACCAGAGCCAGGGAGCUCAAUAAGAGCAGGGCCAUUGGGUCAGUGUUGGCAAGAGAGAAUGCAGAUGCUUCAGAGGGUUCUCCAUGUCCGGCAGUCGAAACUGGAUUGGUUUCAGCUGCCGCAUCUUCGCGCAAGCACUUGAUGCCAUUGAACUCCAAGGGGGGUGUUGGUACGUUCGGUCUUGGGGAUGAAGACUUUGGAAUUGGGUUGGCUUUGGUUCGACAAGCAGAUUCAGAAGGUCCUGGUUUUGUGAAGAAUUACAACGCAGCAUGGCGUUCCUUUUCCGGUGGAGUUUGUGGUGAAAACAAAGAUUUGCAAAGACAACGAGGGGUGGUACAACUGUCUUGUCAAGAUCAGUAUGGGUUUUGCCAUGAAACGAUCUCACCGAAGGAUCGGUUUGACAUCCUUGUGGAGGAGUUGAAAUGUUUUGUGAGGGGACAUCACAGGCGUCAUGUCAAGGAAGGCACAAAGAAGUCGCAAGGGCCGCAAGUUUGCAUUCCUCAUCCUGUUUUGGUUGCUCGCAGUGUGGGUGGAACUGUGAAAUGGGCAAUAUGCGAGUACACAGUGCAAACAUGGUCUUUGAUUCGAGUUCAGCUACCGCUCGAGCAGUCAGACCAGUGGCUGCAAGCAGGUACCAACGACUAUAGCCUGUCCGAUGAAGAGGAUCAAUGUGACCAGUCCAUGAGGCAUUUUCGUCGCAUGGUUUCCAAGCCAACUCGUGCAACUGAAGAGAAGCAAUCCAGAGCGUCAGUACGAGUAGUUGGUGUGGCGAAAGGAGAGAGGCGAAAGAGACAGCAAGCGCAUCAUGAAGCCGAUGUUGAUGGAAUCGAAAAUGAAGAUGAGCAGUUGCAGACAGCAUGGAAUCAUGCACAUGACUUGGCGUCUGGCUGCGUUGUGAGGCAAGACAAGGACGGCUAUGUGUUCACUUCGUCGUACGCAGCAGCCAUAGGUGCUCUACGAUGGUUGCAAAGUGGGCUUGCCUUUUCCAAACGGAAUCAAGCCAACGAGCAUUUGGCCCAAUUUGAAGCCUUUGUCUUGAGGGAGGAUAUGUGCAUUCUAGUGCCAUUUGGCUACAAAGAAGUGUCAGUAAGCAACUUAGAAAGAGAUUUGAUACUCAUGUCCUCGGAAGCAGGGAGGAGUGUUAAGAGUGCUCGGGCAAACCAGCCGUCUGAGCAUGCUCCUGCAGUGCCGAACGAUAUGGAUUGGGAAUUGCCGGAGAAGUACAAGGUCAUGCGCACCAAUGUUGUGAAGUUGAAGCAGCAGGAUCCAAAUUGUCGUUGGAGGCUUGAACAGACGGUCGCUCCAUUCAAUGACAUUGUGCAAACCCUCCAGCAGCAGGAACAGGGGCUUGAGAAACCUGAAUCACAUUGGGUUGAACUUAGUGAAUACUUGAAGGAGUUUCCAGCACCGGAAGAGAAUGCCAUUGUCUAUGAGUGGGCGAAUGGCUCCAGAAUUGCAGGCGUGAAUGUUCUUACAGGACGCAAAGGUUGGCACAAGCGAGUCGAUCGCAGCACAAGCACAGUGAGACGAGUGACAGACUUGAGUGACAAAACUUGUGAUUUGGACCCAACAGGCGCUGCUUUGGACAGAAUUGCCAAAGCAGCCACAAAGCAGAUCCUUCCAAAACAGUCAUAUACUCAGUCUGUUCCUCUUUUUCAUGGGUCUGGAUCCUCUUCGAGCAAAGGACCCGAUCGUUGUCAGCCAAUGGAAACGGAGAACCCCAAUGAUGAAGCAGGAACUGAGGCAGCUGAUGAUGAUGGAUCUGAUGAUGAUGACAUGAAUGAGGCUGUUGGAAUCUUCAGACUUCUGAAGUCUCGGUUUGACACCAACCCCAAGAGAGCAGAGCCAAAAGCCAAGACAGCUGCCGUCAAAGCAGCAUCAGCCAGAGCACCAAAGGCUGCUGCAAAGGCCAAGGCGAAAGCUUCCACCCGAAACACAAAAGCUAUUGGGAAGGCAAACCGAAAGCGAAAAGCUGACAAGGUUGAGGAUGAUGAAGACUCUGAACCCGACCGAGCCAACACCGACGACGAAGCCGGUCUUAUGAGCAAAGCUGAUCGUGAAUCAUUGAACGGAUACCAGCAGCAGUUCGAAGUGUUUUUGAAUUUGGAGCCACCUCUUGCAGAUGAUGGUUUCAAGAAGUACUUUCAGGAGAUGCUGACCAAUCUUGGUUCCUUGGCGCAGGAUUUGCGGCUGAAGAAGAAGAGUCUUUCUCGCCGAACCAACAAGGAGAAAGACCCCUUCUACCAAGGCAUGGUGGAGCUGGAGGAAAAGAUCAAGGAGCAUAGCCAUUUCAUCAAAUGUUUGCAAGGAACUUCAAAAUUGGAUGCCAAGAUGAACAUGCUCAGCGCUCUUGACCAAGCUGCUGACGGAGGUGUGAAAUACAACUCGGUCGUUCUUCGGAAAGCAUUCAAAUCCUUGAUUUUUGAAGACGUGAAGCUAUGCAACUGGGAGUCGCUGACUUCAACGACGUUCGAGACCAUCCAUCAGCGUUGCAGCGUGCCCACCACCGAUCCAGUUGAGCCAAUCUUUGCGCCUGUCAACAAGAAGGAGUUGGUGACUGUGGAGAACUUUCUUGAAACCUUGUCAAGGGCAGACAAGUUCAUCUCAGCGACCAUGAAAGAUGAUGUCGGCAUGGUCCUCACGUUGCUAAGGGCUGAUUCCAGUCCUAUUCCUCCUGCAAAACAAGCGCUGCAGGCUUUGGAAGAGUUGGUGAAGAACAAAGCGGAGAAAGCCGACUGCUUGAUGCUUGCAUCGCUGCAGAGUUCCAAUUUGGCAUCGAAGCUGCUUGCAGAUGCAGAGUCCAUGAUUUCGCUGCGAGAAACCGAGCUUGGUGAUUUAAAUGCGUUGCAAGAAGCAUUGGACAAGCUACCGGAAGAGUUUAAUGAAAUCGAGCCGGACAACGUUGAUGAUAUGUGCAAGCACAUCUCCGAAGCGAACUCCUUACUAGCAGAGCUGAAAAAAGACAAGUUCCGAUCGAAAUCAUUGGGAAAGCCAGCCUUCAUGCAGAUGAGUGCACAGCUGAAAGAAGCAACAUUGUUGGUGGCGUUGUACACUACCGCAACACAGGUGCAGCCAUAUGUCGCCGACGCUUUGGAUUCUCUUUCUAGCACUCAAGUGAUGGCGUCGCCUUCUUCAGUCCAGUGGAUUGGAUUGAAGAGCCUGGGAUCUCUGGAGAGUUUUCGACCAUUGAAAAGCUUUCUGGAUUCUUUGGAUGUGAUCUCCAAAGCAACGGUGAAUGCCAAAGUUGGCUCAUAUGAUUCGGGUAUGUUUGGCAUGACCCUCAACACGUUCCUCAUGCACAUCAACAAGCUGCAGGAAACUUUAUCGUCGUCAGCAUUGCAGCACAAAGCUAGCGAGUGGCAGGGCAUCACAGACUCAUGGAGAGCAUUGCACUCAUCCUUGGGACAGCUCAAGAACAGCGCAACAUCGUCGACGGCAAAGGCUUAUGGGGCAAAGCUCAUGGCUGUGCUGAUUGCUCAUGUCAAAGAAGGCAAGGAGUUCCCAAAGGAUCAUAGCAAGCAGGUCGAGGAGUUACAGCUUCAUGCAGCAGCUCUACCUGGUGAACUUCCCGAUCGCCAGCUCUUGUUAGAUCUGUCGGGCCUGUGCAAUGCUCUUGCCAGUGCUGCAAAAGGCACAGUUGCGGAUCUUGACUCGUGUGUUGCGGAGCUCGCUCGUGCAAAGCCGACUUUGAUGCAUGUCCGCGACCGAAACGAUUUCCAUGGAGAGCUGUGUGCCAUCAAGGCUGAUUCGUCGGUCACAUCGGAGCAGCUUACUCCAUCAGAGUUGCAGACUGCACUUGACAAAUACAUCUCAGACGUUGACCAGAUGGUGACGGGAUGGUUCCAGAUCAAGGAUGAAAAGCUGCGCAACUCCAUUGCGCCAUUGAAGGCUCUCAAUUUGCCAGACCCAUCAUCUUUGACGAUUCCUGAUGGACCGAACGGCAUGCCAUUGAUGUCUGGCUCAGAGGACUUGACGCGUGUGAGCGGGCAAUCUGAUACACUAUGCAAGCUGACCUGUGCUCUUCAAGAUGAACUGGAUGCAAUCGAGGCAGUAUUGAAGAAUGGCAUGACCAUCGAAUCUUUGAAAGAUCAGUUCGCUGAGGCUAAGGACGAUAGUAUCCCAGAAUUGUCAGAGACCAUGAAGAACAAGUACAAGGAGCAGUGGAAGACCUUUGUCAUCCGAAAGGAAAACGACUUGACUCGUCCUGCUUCCAGCUCCGUUGGUGCACUUGAGGAGGAAGUUUCUGCUCCAGAACCAGACCCUUGUAGCAAUGCACCGUCAACAGAUGAAACUCCUGCUGCUCCAGAACAAGAUCAGAGUCGCAGUGCGGAUUCAACAGUGGAAGCUCGUGCUUCAGAAUCAGCUCAUGCGAGUUCAGCACAGGAUGCUCAACAUCCAGAUGCAGCAGCUGCAGCAGACUUGUCCAUUGUGGAAGCCCGUGCUGGCACCAAGGAUGUAGAUUGCGCAGAGAUCUCUUUGUCAGAAGCGUUGGAAACUUUGAUGAAUGAUGAGAUGGCCGUUGAAUCUGCAACUCUCGAGAAACAGAUCGCUCUUGCAAAGACUCAUCGGUUGUUUGCUCUGUUUGAAGAUUCCGAACUUGCAAAGUUGAAGAGUGAGUUGGGGGAUGAAUAUGUUCCGUGGGGAGAUCCGGAUGGUGAUCAACAAGCUGACUUGGAUUUCUUCGAUCUUUUCGUCGCCCAGCGCCACGAAGAACUCCGAAUUGAAGUUGAACGAGCCAAGUUGCAUCCGAAGUUCCCACUCUUUGAAUCCACAGUCAUGGCAGACAUGAAGGCAGAACAAGGCGACAAAUGUUUGGAAUUUGGUGAUCCCAAAGCCGAUCCACAAAAAGAUCUAGAAGCAUUUGAGAUCUUUGUCAACUGUUGUGAAUCAGAGGAAGCUGAGGAGGCAAAUGAGGUGCCGAAGACCAAUGAGAAAGACAAUGAGGAGGAGGAGGAUGGGGCUGAUAAUGACGACAAAGACAAAGUUAAUGGAGAGCCAGAGACGCAGCUAGGCAGUGAGAUUGCGACAGAAACUCCUGGCGAAGUCCACUAUACACCAUCUCAUGAUUAUCCUGCCCCACCUUCUGACAAGCACCCAGACAUCAACCGAAUUUUGGAAAGUUCGGCUGAGAUCAUGAUCAAGACGGCCAUCGAUCGCAUUGGGCAGAAAGCCUUCUCGGACCGCAUCCGAUCUUUGCCUAAUCACUUGAGCUUUGCCGAUAUGUUUUCAGGGGCUGGCACUUUUGGCAAGGUGGUCGACGUGGUCAUUCGAGUCCUCAAGAAGCAGUUUCCGGAGGAUUCCAGCUCAUUCGUGACCUUCAAGGCCGUGAAAACAUUCUUGGACAAGAUUUCCGUUGAUUUUUUUACAUUGGAGAAUGUGGAUAUGGAGUCAGCGGGAGAGGACGACGCCAGCAAUCUCAACAUGAUUAUCAAGGCUUUGGAAAGUUCAGGGCCUCAUGGAUACCAUGUGCAGGUAUACAAACUUUGCACCUUAGAUUACGGACUGCCCCAGCGACGGGUGCGAUUGUUUUUCGUGGGGCUGCAGAAGUCGACUCAAGAGGCGUCGGCGUUCCGUAACAUCGAGAUGUGGUUGAAUGCUUUCAAAUUGAAAACCCAACCGCCUGAUCACUUUUUUCUGCCAAAAGAUCAUCCGAUGGUGGCUGCCGAGUUAGAGCGCAGGCUCCGUCUCAAGGCAAACAAAGAAGACGGGCCAAAGACGAAGAAAGCUGACAGAGAGACCUUAGAUGGACUAGUGGAGAAAGAUACACCAAAGUGGAAAGGGAUGCAUAUGGAGAUCGCAGCAAAGAGAGGGCUGUCAUGGCCUCUGCCUGUACCACCUCGCUUUGCCAAUAACGUGAUCUUCCUCGACCAUGAGAGGGAAACGAUGAAGGCUAGCAAGAAGAAGGGAAUCGAAAUCAUUCGCUACGGUGACAUCUAUCAGUCUGCAAGUCGUACUCCCACGAGCUCCGCCAAGGCCGAGAAGGCCUUCAUUUGCAAGGGCUCCAAUUUGCAGAACAUGAUCUUUGUGAGAUCAGUGUUCUCCAGCACGGUUAUGUUGGCCAUCUUUUUGGCAAUCUUGUUGGAACUUCGCUAUGUGACCAGUUCAGAGGAAGAGCAGGAGGCAGAAGUGAAUUCUCUCCUUUCAGCUUUGAAGCGCCAAAAGGGGAUCGGGGAAAAGGAAGUGGAACACCGAGCGCGCUCUGACCUAUCAUUCUUCACGUCACACAUCAAGCGAAACUUCAAGAAACCCAGUGAU